GAGAGAUUAGUUUGAAACACAAUGAAUCGACUUUUCAUGAUAACGUGUUCCCUAGCGAUAGCGGUGGUUGGUGCCUCAGGCGGGAUUGUGCCAGUGCCCGCGAUCACAACUGUAGACCACCACCCGCGCUACGCGUACAACUACGCGGUGAACGACCCGAUAUCCCACGACAAGAAGGGCCAGUGGGAGAUCCGCGACGGCGGCGUCGUCAAGGGCUCCUACUCGCUGGUGGAGCCCGACGGCAGCGUGCGUGUCGUCGACUACUACGCCGACGACCAUACAGGAUUCAACGCCGUGGUGAAGAAAGUAGGACCAACCGUACACUCCGUCAGCCCAGUGCCAUUAGUUGCGCCAGUCUUGCCCGCUGUAGCGCCCAUAGCGAAGCUGCCCCUCAUCAAACCAACCUCCCAUGUCGGCUUGUACGGAUUCGGUCCCGCGCCUUUACCCCUCUCUGUCACUAAACCCGCGUCCCUCGGCCACUGGAGUCUCCCGUGGGACCCGCUAACACACUCCUUCGGCGGCUGGGUCCCCCUCGGUAACCCGCUCCUAGGCCACGGACUUGGGGGCCCCUACGCAACCAUAAUCACCAGAAAGUACCACAAAGGUCACCUCAUCGGAACCAAAGUCACCGGGCCGCUUCCAAUCCGCUCUAUUAUAGUCAGGAAAAAACAUUAACAUCUCCCUUUUGAAGAGAUCGUAAGUUAUGUUAGCGCUACCAAAAGCUUCGAGAAACUCAAGAAGUUAACGGUAGCAAAUGUAUUAAAUUAUGUUGUAAGUAAUUUCUGUCCUGAUUGCGGGAG